AUGAGGUUUACUUAUACUGAGGUUCAAGAAAUGACGAAUAGCUUUGAAAGAGUUUUGGGCGAAGGAGGUUUUGGAGUCGUUUAUCAUGGUUGUAUUAAUGGAACGCAACAAGUAGCUGUUAAAUUGCUCUCUCAAUCAUCAUCCCAAGGUUAUAAGCAUUUCAAGGCAGAGGUGGAAUUGCUUAUGAGAGUGCAUCACAUAAAUUUGGUGAGUCUUGUUGGGUAUUGUGAUGAAGGAGACCACUUGGCUCUCAUCUACGAGUACAUGUCAAAUGGAGACUUAAAGCAACAUAUUUCAGGAAACCGAGGUGGAUUCGUCUUGAGCUGGGAAACUAGACUAAAAAUAGCUGCGAAUGUCGCAUUAGGAUUGGAGUAUUUGCACAUUGGCUGCAAACCAGCAAUGGUUCACAGAGACAUAAAAUGUACAAACAUACUUUUGGACGAACAUUACCAAGCGAAACUAGCGGAUUUUGGGCUCUCGAGAUCUUUUUCUACUGGAAGUGAAACGUAUGUAUCAACAGUUGUUGCCGGCACUCCAGGCUAUCUUGAUCCCGAGUGA